AUGGCUCCCACAGACCUGUGUACAAGGGUAGGCUUCACCCCAUACAACUCUAGCUCUAGCAAAGGGGAAUGGUGGCCGAACGACUGUAUUUGGACCCUGGGUUUGAUCCCGACUGGUGAGAUACCUAACAUCCUCAAUGGGCUCUUCGAUAACCAGAACGUGAGCUACUACGGCGAAGUCGCCCAGGGACCCAUAUGGCUACUGAAUCUUUGGAACUCUGGCGCUGGCAACCUCCCGCACUUCCAGCAGACUGCACAUGGACUCGCCAAUGCCAUAACAGCAGUCAUGCGCCAGCAAGGGGAUAAUUCGAGCGCCGGGCUCGCUACAGGGACAGUGCAGGGUCUUCAGACGUGUAUUGGCGUCCAGUGGGCGUGGUUAUCAUUUCCCGCCGCCCUGUUGCUUCUUAGCAUCGUGUUCUUCCUGACCGCAACGAGUAAGGUCUCGUUGAGCGCUAUGCGGAAUGUGUGGAGAGCUUCAUCGCUGACGUUGCUCUUCGACGGCCUGAGCAAGGACCUCUUAAGGAAAGAUGCGGAUGAUGGGAGCAGCCUAGAAGAUGCCGCGUAUCGUGUCAAAGCAAGGCUUGAUUGCCUGGGGGAUGAGUUUGCUUUCACUGAGAUCGGCGCAGUUGAUGAACGUUCCUUCGAAUACGAAGAAGAUCAGUUCAGGAACCAGAUCUGA